GAAUAAUGGAUCUAAUUUGAGAUUUGACGUUGCGUGAUGCCUGAGGUCGUUCCAAGUAGAGUUGCUAGCUUUACGAGUGAAGAUAAAGCUUUUCCUGCAUCCAACCUUUUAAAAGGGUCGUCAUUCUCAAAAUGGUGUUGUGUAAGUGGUGGAAGCAGGCAAGAAGCUGUAGAAUUGAGUUUUUCCGAACCUAUUGAAAUUUCACGUUUAGAUAUUGGGAAUAAUGGUUCUGCCUUUAUCGAAGUGCUGGUGCGAAGAUCUGCUUCAUCGGAUGACUCAUCGGUACUCCUGCCAUCCUCUUCUUUUAUGUCUCCAGUAGAUGCAAAAAACGAAACGAACCUUAACCGUGUCCGGGUAUUUAGUGGUGAUCAGUUUAUAAAAUCUAUAGCUUGCCAGAAAUGGGAUCUAGUCAAAUUUGUUUGCUCGCAACCGUUUAACAAAACUUUAAAGUAUGGCAUUUCUUUCGUUUUCUUCCACACUCCAACUAAUGCGAAUCCAGCAGCCGACGAUAAAAACAUUAAAGUAGAUAGCUUACUGAAUGACGAAGAAUCAGACUCAACUCAAUUCAAACCAGGUUCACUCUUUCAGGCUUCACGCCAGACAUCUUGUGAUAAAGAAAAUUCACAGCCCAAGUCCUCAAUUUCAGAUCAAUUAAAUGCUUUGAAACAUUCAUCUAAUUUAAUUCAGAACGCGAAUACGUCAAGUUCAUUACUUGUGAGUCGACCAGACGAUCAUCAUAGUUCCUCUAAAGCCAUUACCAGUUCUCACCAGUCUCACUCAAGACCUUCUCCCACCAACACAGGCAUAAUACGUUCUUCACAGUCUUCUCGCAUAUCAAAGAACAAAGAAGAAUACAAACAAUCAAAAACAUCUCAUUCAACCCAAAAACCUCUAUCAAAUGUUAUUCUGACUUUGAGUGGUUAUCAAAAUCCCUUAAGAAGUCAAAUCAGAGACAAAGCCCUGGAACUUGGUGCCAAGUACAGACAAGAUUGGGGUCCAGAUUGUACACAUUUGAUCUGUGCAUUUCCAAACACACCUAAAUUCAAUCUAGUUAAAGGUAAAGGUAUAAUUGUUUCCGAUAAAUGGAUUACACAAUGCUACGAAACUAAAAGUAAUGUACCUUGGCGUAGCUAUAGAGUUGGACGUGCACCUAGUCCACCAAAUACUGCAACUCUAUCUUCUACAUUAAAUCAGUCUUUAAAUGAUGAUGAUGAUAAUGACGAUGGUCAGUCUCCGAAAUCCAAAUCAUCAGUUCAUAAAACUAAUCUUAGACUACGAGGAAAGAAAAAAUCAGAUGAUGACGACUGGGAACCAGGUUCUUCUGAUGAAGAAGCGGAUAAUGAUGACGACAACGACGAAUUCCAGGAGACUGACGAAGACGAAGAUAAUGGAGAAGAAGGAGGAAGUGAUGAGGACUUAUCUGAUGAAUCGAAUCGAAGAAGGAAGCGUAGAUCAAAAACUAACAGUAAGAACCUACAAAAACGACCCCGCUCCACUACAAACGAUGGUUCUAAUGCCAAAAAAACUGUAACUGCUAACGAUCCAGAAGAUGAAAAUACAGAUGAUGAAAUUCAAAGAGUCAUGACAUCAAGUCGUAAUCAGUUGUCGGUCGUUCAUGAAGAUGAGGAUGAGGAUGAGGAAACUAUUAAAGAAUCACUUAUGAACAGUCUUCCCGAUAUAUUUAUGAAUAAACACUUCUUUAUUCAUAACAAAUCAAUUCCUGAUGACGAAGAAUCUUUAAUUAAACGAUUAAUUGUUGCGUUUGCUGGGACACUGCAUCAGUAUAUGAGUGAUGAAGUCGAAUACGUUAUAACAAGGUCCGCUUGGGAUGUCGAUUUUGAUAAUGCACUGUCAUCUAAUACUGAUUUGAUAUUUAUUCGACCAGAAUGGAUAUUUGCUUGUGAUCGAUCUGGUCAAUUGGAAGCAUAUGAACAAUAUCAAGUGACAUUAAACAGUUAAUUGAUAGUUAAUUCGAUAAGAAGUUAACGAUGCAUGAAGGCGCAAAUAUUAAAAUAGAAACGAAGACACUAAUAUAUAUAUAUAUAUAUAUAUAUAUAUAUAUAUAUAUAUAUCAUCGUCCUCUAAGUUUUUUUUUCCCUGUUAUUGAUGAUAACUAUAAAAAGAGAAUAAAUGUAUCUGUCUAAUCAUUCUCUUUAUUUCUUCUGAGAUUCAUUCUUCUGUUUGAUAUUUUCUUGUUAUAUUUCAUUACAUCAUUCACUGUUCAAUAUGUAUGUAUAUUGUUAACAUUUUAUUAUUUUUCAUUAUUUGUUUGUUCUUUUAUUGAACGAAUUUAUUUUAUGCUUAAUUGUACUAGAUUACUGUUGUUAUUAUCAUUAUAAUCAUCCUUAUUAUU